GAAGCCCGGAACGUAGAGGGCGGGAGAGAAGGUCGAGGCCGGUUGGAAUAUUCUAGAAGAUGUCGUUGUUAAGACGCUUCUAGAUUAAACGUAUUGUGCUAAAAAAAAAAAGUAAGCGAGCGUGGAAGUUCGUUCCAGUGAUUGCGAGCAGUGUGAGAGAGGAUUUUAGUAUUGCAGUAGUGGUAAAUAAUUUGGUGCUGGAAUGGCAGCAGAGAAUACUGAAACUGCAGAGGUGGUACAAAGCCCUGGACCCAGUGCAGUUGACAUCUCACCUGAUAAAGAUGGUGGCAUACUGAAAGAAAUAAUAAAGGAAGGCACUGGCUUUGAAACUCCAGUCCAGGGAAGCAGAGUGUUUGUGCAUUAUGUUGGAACUCUGACAGAUGGAACAAAAUUUGAUUCUAGUAGAGACAGAGGAAAACCAUUUGACUUUAACCUGGGUAAAGGAAGUGUUAUCAAAGCAUGGGACAUUGGUGUUGCAACUAUGAGAAAGGGGGAAGUUGCAGUCUUGACGUGCAAGCCUGAGUAUGCAUAUGGGAAGGCAGGAAGCCCACCUACGAUUCCACCAGAUGCCACUCUCAUAUUUGAGAUUGAAGUAAUUGAGUGGACAGGAGAAGAUUUGAGUCAGAAGAAAGAUGGUGGCAUAAUCAGGUACCAGAUAACUAAGGGAGAUGGUUACUCCACGCCUAAUGAAGGUGCAGUAGUGGAAGUAAGACUUGUCGGGAAACAUGGAAACCGAGUUUUUGAAGAACGAGAGCUAAGCUUUCCAUUGGGAGAAGGCUCAGAAUUUGGAAUCUGUGAAGGUCUUGAAAGAGCUAUCGAAAAAUUUAAGAAAGGGGAGAAAUCUCGGAUUGAACUGAAAUCGAAAUACGCUUUUAAAGCCGAAGGAAAAGCAGAGCUUGCCAUUCCACCAAAUGCUGAUAUUGAGUAUGAAGUAGAAUUAAAGAACUUUGAGAAGGCAAAGGAAAGUUGGUCUCUGGAUAGUGCCGAAAAAAUAGAACAAGCAAAAUUCUUCAAGGAGAAAGGGACAAAUUACUUCAAAAAUGAGAAGUAUGCACUAGCAUUGAAGAUGUAUAAAAAAGUUAUAAGUUUUUUGGAGUUUGGUUCAGGAUUUGAAGGUGAUUUAGACGCAGAGAGAAAGGCAUUGUUAUUGGUGGGGCAUCUCAAUCUUGCACUUUGUCAUCUGAAACUUCUGGAACAUGUUGAAGCUCGAGACCAGUGUGAUAAAGCGUUGAAGCUCGAUCCCUCCAGCGAGAAGGGGUUAUUCAGAAGGGGACAAGCAAAUCUUGGUUUAGGAGAGCCAGAAAAAGCCAAGGUUGAUUUUGAAGCUGUUUGUAAGAUGGACCCAAACAAUAAAGCAGCAGCAAAUCAAAUUAUCCUGUGUAACAAGAAAAUUAAAGAACAGAAAGGACGCGAGAAAAAAAUAUAUGCUAACAUGUUUGAGAAAUUUGCUCAGAGAGACAGAGAGAAGGAGGAAGAGUGGCGGCGUAACCAACCUGAUGUCAUGAAGACCUUAGGCGAAUGGGGUCAAGACGAACGAGAACGUGAGAUGACAGAUUUUGAACGUGAGAAUCCAAACAUCCUCAUGCUAAACAGCACCGGUGAGGAAUUCAAGAAUAUGUGAAGAGAAGGUGGCUUUUUAUGCACAAGUGAGGAACUGACAUAAGAAUUGCAACCCCUGUGACUUCUUCCAGAUAGAGGGGGUGGGAGGGGAUUAAGAGUAGUAACUUAUUCACAGUGAAAAAUGUUUCCAUAAAGUACAGUAAAACCUGCUUGUACUGGAAUUGUGAAGGACCUGUACAGGUUCUUCUAGAAAACAACUCUACUUUUAACAUUCCUUGAUAUAAGGUUUUCCUGCGGAAUUCAGUGUCAGUGAUCCCAAGUUAACGGUUUCAUCGUUAAAUUUCUUCCUGUUUAGAUUUUCUUCAUGUAGUAUGUUGCAUAAUACAGAGUACACAUAUUUAUGGUUCAGAUAAUUAACUUCUGCCUAGCCAACUUCAUGGAGCUGAACUCUUUUUGAGAAGCUGCCAGUUGUGCAGCUACUCAAGAACUCCCUGCAUUUUGUGGAACCUGAAGGUUCAUUACCAUGUACUCAAGAGCCCUUCACUGCUCCCUAUCUGGAGUCUAAUCAGUCCAGUCCAGACCACCCCAUUAAGAUCCAUUUUAAUAUUAUCCACCAACUUGUGUGCUGGUCUUCAUGAUUCAGAUUAUUAUACAUCAUGUGAAAUGCUAUCCACUUCUUCCUUUAUUUUCAUUUUCAGAUCACACUUGAAAAUAUUCUUCAUAUGUUUUGUUAAUAAUUUAGCUUAAUUCUUUUCUAUUUUUAUAGUGUGCAUCCUGUUAUAUGUCAUAACUAUGUGGUUAGGUAAUGUAGCCCACUCUGGGCUACACAGUGUAAGAGUGAAAUCUACAGCCUAGUCAGGCUAAAGAAAAACACCCAUCAUCAUCAUCAUCAUCAUACAUUGCCAUAUUUGCAACUCAACACCCAACAACUGCGAAUAUAGAAUUGGAUUCUUGCUUGAGCCAGAUAUGACCUAGCAAAGUUUCACUCCGGAAUUGUUAAAUUCAUAUUGAUCUACCAUAUUUUAGUAUUUUAAUAUGCAGUAUUGACAAAUGCCAAUAUUGUCAUCCACCAGAAAUCAUUUUAAAUAUGGGCCCAUAUAAGAAGUAAGAUGGUUUGCAAUUCAAAAGAGCAUUUGUUAAACAGUUGUAUUCACCUGAUGAUGACCAGUUGAAAUGGUCGAAACAUGUGAUAUUAAUAAAACAAAUUGAAUGUUAUACGUUCUUUGAGUUGAGUUAGACGGAACGAGCAUAAUAGAAUAUUUUGCACAUAUGCAACAGGAUGCACUCUAUGAAGAUAGUAUUUCAGCUGACCAUUUUCUGGUAAAUUCUUAUUUCAUUCUUUCCAUUUUCAUGCUAAACAGUUUGAUUAUUUUGUAGAGAUAAUUUUGCUGUAGAUUUUACUCUGUAUCGGGGCCAGGGAAAUUUUCUGAUAAAGGUUCAUUUCUUUUUAAUCCUGUUGUAGACAGGUUUUACUGUAAUGAGAUAAUAAUUAAAUCAGGUUCAGAAAUAUGUUUUCUUCACUAAAUAUAUACCAAUUUAUUUUAGUAGCAUUAGUUGUGAAUAUUGUUUGGAAAGAAAUUUGAUGUGAUGGACACAUUGGCUUUAGCAUACAGGAAAGAUCCUGUCGUGGAAGAUAAGAUAUGAACUUUUAAGCUAGACAGCAUUGAUUGCCAGUCUUAAAUAAGUAUUUGUCCUUUAUGUUGUGAUAUUUCUUUUUCUACUUUUGUAUUAUCUACAUGAUGACCAAAACUGCAAAUGUAUAAAAUGUGGUACAUGCUGUAAGUGUACACUUUCUUGCCAUAGAGUACUCUGUAAACAUUGAUAUAUAGUGUUGUGUUCUAUUUGAUUAACCUCUUGAAGACUUUUUUAAAUGGCACCUUGCCUGUCCUUGCAGCUGCAUUUAAAUGGUUGCAACUCCUUGCUGUUAGUCUUGUUAAAGAAAACCAUAAGUCAGUGUCAUCUGUUGAUGACAAAAUACUAACACAGUUUAGGAGACAACUUCAAAAUUUCAUCGAGACUUAGCAUGACUGUUGGACAGAGUGACCAACUACAUGUCACAGAGAUAGUUGACAGUAGGUUCUUUUGUAAUUGUGGAUGAACAUGCUUAAAAUUCAAAAGUAAUUUAUGCUUAAGAUAUUGCUGUAUACUGUGAAGCAUAGAGAUGCUGAAAUCAGUUUGGGAGGUGUAAAGCUUUCAUUGACCAUACAUUUUAUCACUGUAUAUUCUGCAUUCUCCUAGUGAUUUCAAUAAACAUCAUUGACUACAGAACAUUGA